AUGUCUUCAAACGAUAAAAAGAGAUUAGCUUGUGCAACGAAACUGUUUUCCAUACCGAAUAGCAAGAAGAGAAAAACAAUAGAAGAAAUAAGGAAAUGGAAUCAAAGUGAUGUGUUGAACGCAUUGAAAGAGGAGCUGGGAUUAUGUGAUGAUGAUUUAAAUCAACAAUUGAGAGGAAUGCAUUUGUACAAUGCUAUUUGUGCUUAUCAAACAUGCACAGAAAGCAAUAAGACACCACAAGAGGCAAAACAGGCAGUAAUUAAUUCAUUGAUGGAUGGUAAAGAUAUACACAAAGAUAUUGCGGAAGCCAUUGCUAAUUGGCUAAUAACAGAUUUGAUCAAAAAUAAUGAGCAAACGGAUGAAGGGAUUGCAGAAACUGAAAAUAUUUCGGGAGAAAUAACUGUUGAUCAAAUGAUGGUGUUUAUCACCAAACAUAUUAAUUCUGAAAAGUUCGAUGUAACAACAAUGUAUGACAAAAUUCAACGGUCAUCAGGGAUACUUGUACAUUCAUUUGGAACGGAUUUCGAGUUUGUUGGAAGAGAUGAACCUGUAAAUGCUAUUAUGAAUGUUUAUCAAAAACAAGAUUCAAAGAUCAAGGAUAAGGAAAUUAUUGAUAAAUCCGAUGUAAGAUUAUCAUUUAUUGCAGCAGCACCUGGUGUUGGGAAAUCUAGAUUGUUGAAAGAAAUGGGUGUCUUAUUGGCCAAAACAAAAGAGUUAAGUGUUGAUUAUUUCCCAUUAUUUGUUACAUUCGGUAAUGGUUGCUCAUAUGAUCAAAUUGUAGAGAGCUUUAGACCCAUUGAAUCAUUAUUAUUGAGGAUGAUAUACUCUAUAGUUGUAUGUUUUAUCGAUAUGGAGUUCGAUGCAUUUAGAAAAUCAUUUUCUGCAUUUGUGAAAAAUAGAACCCUUUCCAUGACUACAGUAUUGACUGCUUUUAGACAAAGGUUGUUUGAAAACAGUGACAAGAUUGGAUUUUACAUUGCAAUAGAUGAAGCACAUUCAGUUAAUACUGGCACAAACGAAAAACAGUUGAAUCCUCUUCGACAAAUAAUGUCUGGUAUAGGGCAAUUUAUACAACACAUGCCAAGACACAAAACAAAUAUUUUACCUUUAUUUGCAGGUACUUAUCACAGUGUCAUAAGUCAUAAUUUAGCUGGAAGUACAUAUACACCAGAAUACAUUCCAAUUACUGCUUUAUUACCAGAAGGUAAAAUAAGGUAUAUUUUAGACAAACUUCAACCAUCCAAUGAUAAGUUGAUAAAUUGGAGAACGAACACAGAACUUAGACAUUUUAUAAGAUUAUUUGGAGGUUUCCCUCGAGGUAUUGAGUUUUAUCUACAACAUUUACAAGAAACUAAUUUAACUGAAAGAACUGCUUGGGGAGGGGCCUUUGCUACUCUGACUAAUAAGUAUCCUGUGUUCAAUAGUUUAUAUUCCAAAACACUCCUUUAUUGCAUUCUCACAAGAAAAGUAAUAUCAAAGACAGACGUCAUCGGAACUCAUGCACCACCAAUUACAUUUUCUGAUAUGGAGAAUAAGGGUUAUAUUAUGCUUGACCAAGUUGGAGAAGACGAAUUCAUUGCAAUAUACCCUCCAGUGUUAUUGAGAAAUUUAAUACCCACUGAAUUUACUAAGCUCUACGAAGACUUGUUUUUCAGCUUUGAUAAGAACAUUAACGGUGGAUGCUGGGAAAAAAUUAUCCAUAGAUAUUUAUAUCUUACAUUAUCUUUAUUGUCUGAUAAUGAAGAAGAUCUAACCAUAGAACAUUUAUUUCCUUUUACUCAAAUGCAAUCUGGUACAGCUUCAAUUAAAUUACAAAGGAUACCAAAGGUGGAAAUGAUGUGUGCAGUCAACCACAUUCAUCGUAAACAACAAAAGAUCAAACUUACAACAAGCUCUGGAUAUCCAACAUUUGACUUUGAUGUAAGGGCAAACAAUAAUUUAGAUUUCAAACAAAAGGAAUGUUAUGUGGUUUUAAAUGCCACUGCUGCUAAGGCAGGUGAUGUUCUUAUUUUAGGAUUACAAGAAAAACAUGGUACAGCUAUUCUGGUUUUUCAUAUACAGUGCAAAUGGGCAGAUUCUGAAAGUGGUAAUCUUUCACUUGCAGAGGUAAAUUUGGAAUUAGAAAAAAACAGAAAAUUAGAAUUCACUAACGAAAAGGACGAACCUUUGGAAGUUCAUAAUAUCACGAUAAUAAUUACAGGAAAGACUGUGUCUAAUAUUCCAAAUGAUAAUGAUUUGAUUGUCAUCCACAAGGAAAACUUUGCAGAUUACUUUGGAGUAUUUGCUAAUCAAAUGGAAUUUCUCCAUGCAAAUCAAUUUUUAUAUAUCAAUGAAUGUAAUUGCAAUGAAUUACAGAGUUUCAAAAGUGUUGGUGAUAAAGAAGCAGCAACCAUCAUUGAAAAGAGAGGUGAAAGCGGCUUUGUGGAUGAUGAUGAUUUGCAAAAGAAAACAGGUAAAACUAUGUUCAAUUUAUUAUCUAAAUUCGACAUAAUUUAUUAA